AUGCCCGCAACCACGAAAUUUUUCCAGCGACCGCUGUCAGCCUUCCCUUUUCUCAACUUGUCGUCGAGCGAGAAGGAAGCGAUGACGCCCGGUUCCGAGGGAAGCAGCGCCGCGACAACCGCAAAGGCAAAAAGUGGUGCGAAAGAGCAGUCCAUUGCUCAGGAGCGUGAGAUGGUGCAGCAAAAGCUAGACGAGAUCAUUGCAUCCGAGUGUAUUUUCUGUGGUGAGGUUAUGAUCAAAUCCAUUCACACGCCUUUCAUCACGCCGGAAGACGAGGCGAACGAAGGCAGCGAGUGGGCCAUUUGA